AGGGCGGGAUGGCUAGCUCUAUCCUCGAUCCCCUCAUCAACUUUUCAGCGUCCGUCGACAAGGCGGUAGCGUCAUACUUGGAGAGAUGGGGAAGGAUUGUAGCCAAGAAACCAUGGACAGUUUUCCUGGUCUCCCUUGCUGUGUUUGUUAUCUUCGUGUCAGGAGUGUCCAAGUCAAAGCAAGAGACUGAGACUGAGAACCUGUGGACACCGUCUGGCUCACAGGUGCUCAAGGACAAGGAUUUCUACACUGAGAUGUUCGGGUCGGGCUUCAGGGUCGAGACUAUUUUCUUCAAGAGCAAGACGGGCUCCAACGUACUCACGUCCGAGCACUUCAAGGAGGUCUAUGACUUCGACACAAAGCUCCGACGCGACCUCGUUGUGCUGGUUGACGACGUGCCGUACAACUUCACCUCCAUCUGCGCCAAGGCGAGGCCAGGCGACAACUUUUGCCUCACUGGCGGCAGUCCGCUAGAGUUCAUGUACGACAUGGGCAGCCAUCGCUUCGACUUCAACCUGAUCGACACCGACGCCAAGUUGCUCUCCAGGAUCAACACGGCCCAGCUCGUCUUCACCCCUUCCGACAGCCAGAAGCCUGUUGUUCUGGACAUCUCGGAUCGCCAGAAGCUGCUGGCUGGGAAGGAGUACAAGGACGGCAAGAUCGUCAGUGCCAACACGCUGAAGGUGACCUGGUUCGCGUCCAGGGCCAACGAUACAAACCGUGGAGACUCCAACUGCUACAACUCGGUCACAAACCCCAAGGGCAAGAAGGGCUGCAACCCGACACUGGUGUGGGAGGGGAAGUUCCUGGAGGAGGUGGAGAAGUGGAACCAACAGAGCAAGCACGUCAAGGCCUACGUCCAGGUAGAGAGCUCGAUCAGUAGGGUGCUGAGCGGAAUCAUCGGGGGCGACAUCAUCCAGCUCAACAUUGGCAUCGCGCUCAUCGUAAUUUACGCCAUCCUCGUCCUCGGCAAGUUCCACCCUGUGCUCAGCCGCUCCGCCGUCGCCUUCUCCGGCGUCGCGUCCGUCGGGCUCGCAAUCGGCGCCACCUAUGGGAUCUGCGGCUAUGCAAACAUCCCGCAAACUCCAGUGACGACUCUGCUCCCCUUCAUCUUGCUGGGUAUUGGCGUGGACGACAUGUUCGUGCUGGCAGGCGCGCUGGAUCGGGCUCCCCGACACCAUAGCCUUGAGGACAGGAUUGCGUACAUGAUGAAGAGCGCAGGGUCGUCGAUCACGCUGACGAGCAUGACAGACAUGCUCGCCUUCGCUCUUGGGACCAUCACAACUUUUCCAGCCCUGCGCUACUUCUGCUCCUACGCGGCGAUCGGCAUCGUUCUCGACUACUUCUUCCAGAUCACCAUCUUCUCUGCCUGCAUCGUGUGGGACGAGCAGAGAAUUAUGGCGCAAGGGAGAGACUGCUUCUGCUUCUGCGCCCCUUGCGCUAAGAAAGGGUCGAGCUGCACCUGCUGCUACGUCGAGGAGGAGGAGAUGAGCAAGUCGUGCUGUAACGACCGCUGCUGCAUGCGGGAGGGAGGCUACCUCCGCUACUUCAUCGCGGAGUACUAUGCUCCCCUCCUCACCAACCUCUACUUCAAGAUCGGCACCAUCCUCGUCUUCAUGGGACUGCUCGCCGUGGGGGCCUACGGCCUGACUCAGCUGGGGGAGGACUUCAGCCUGAGCUACUUCGUUCCCAGCGACAACCCUCUUCAAGAAGUCUUCAAGAUCCGCGACGAGGAGUUCAGGACAGGAGGGAUCAAAGUUGAUGUCUUGAUGGACCAUCGCAAGCAGCCGGCGGCCUACGGCCUCCACACGGCCAAGACCAAGGAGGAGGUGAAGAAGAUAGAGUCCUCUGUGGACACGUUUGCCUGGACGGUCAAGAACACCAUGAGCAACCCGCUCACCAACUUCUCCUCCUUCGUCUACGACUUCCAGCUCAACCCCUCCCUCUUUUACGUCCCUUCUGCCGCCGCAAACUUGUCAACGCCGGCGUCCUGGCAGAAGCUGAGAAGCAGCGAGUACAUGGAUGGGGCGGACAAGCUCGAGACGAUGCAGAUCAAGGACCCGAAGCUCUUCUACGACGUCUUCCACCACUGGCUCACCACCCCCUCCGGUGCCGCCUUCAGGGGGUACGUCAGCCCCUACGAGUGGUACGAGAAGUUCAUCAGUUGGAUCGAACUGCAGCCCCAGAAGAGGAACGUGUACAAGUACGAGCAGCAGGAGGUAGUCCUGGACAAGACCCCAGCUCCAGGAGGCAACAGCAUCCACCCCUCUACCUACCGCCCGAAGGACCCCGUCCUCUUCUGCUCCCUCCUCAAGUACUUCCUCUCCACGAACCAGACUCUGGCCGACCAGGUGAAGAACCUUGGGGAUUCGCCCAGAUGCUACCCAGAAGGGGGGGACGUGCAGGUCCACAGGAUGAACGUGGAGAUGAAGUGCAGGCUGGACCCCGGGCCCUGUCCCAAGUCGAACGCGAGCGCAGAGGUUGAGAUCAUGACGGGGAUACGUAACAAGGUGAAGGAGGCGCCAGACGGUCUGCAUCCCAUCGCCUACUCCUUCUCCUUCCUCUACACGGAGCAGUACGCCGUCGUCCGAACGGAGGCGUUUUCCAACCUUGGCUUCUCCAUCGCCGCUGUCGCCGCCGUCACGUUCGUUCUGAUCGCCCACCCGCUGACGUCGCUUCUCGUCAUCAUCAACGUCGCAAUGGUCCUGGUGGACAUCACUGGGCUCAUGUGGCUAUGGAACGUCACCAUCAACUCCGUCUCCAUCAUCAACCUCGUCCUCGCCAUCGGCCUCGCCGUCGACUACUCCGCGCAUGUCGCCCAUGCCUUCAUGUCCGCCACGGGGACACGCGACGAGCGAGUCAAGAAGGCGAUGGAGGAGAUGGGAGCUGAUGUAAUCCAUGGCGCCCUCUCCACCUUCGUUGCUGUGCUGGUAACAGCUCCAUCCAAGUCCUACAUCUUCCAGAUGUUCUUCAAGCAGUUCUUCGGCAUUUGCUUCUUCGGCGCUCUCCACGGCCUCUGCUUCCUCCCCGUCAUCCUCUCCUUCAUCGGCCCCAAGAGCCAUCGCGAGGAGUACGUCACCGACACCAAGGAGGAGGGCGAGGCCGGAGUCAGCAAGCAGCCGGCGCUGUCGUACGUCAACUCGAUGGAGAAGAGCGACGCCGUCUCGAUCCCCAACAUGGACAUCGGAAACGUUCGGAGAGCUGCGAACCAGUCAGAGUAGGAGGAGGUGUCAUCAUGGUUGUGGAUGUGACUUUUGAGUGUGAUGCUGGUGUGCGGAAAUUUUGGGUGUUUUGUGUGUGUGUGUCUCUUGGAAAUCAACAGGACGACGCUUGAUUGCUGGCAUUUGUAACUGUAGCUACUGAUUAUGAACAGAAAUAAACAACAUCUUUAUGUGUUAUU